CCCUCCCACUCCCCCAACCUACCUAGGAUCGAGAUCAAUCCAUUCGAGCUCCGAUGAAUCCCUACACCUGUCCGAGACAUCCUGUAUCCCGUAGCACAUACUUACAUGCAUACGUACAUGCCCAUCCUAUGUACUUAUAGCUCUAGUUCUUGCUCCGCAUCGGUUGGAAUCCCCAUCUUCCCCUGCUUUACUUGCUCGCUACGCUACCCUUCUCGAGUCGCAUGUGUCUGCAUAGCAUUGGUCUGUCCAUCAUGGGCACCCGCAGAUGAGAGCUUCCUGGCCCACCACACCUAAGGUCCCUCCAACCCCCCCAAGCUCCGACUUCAGCUUGUCUUGCCUUGGCGCCCAAUCAUCACCGAGCCUGAUAAUUGUCUGGCGCCGCCUGCCAUGUCCGCACCGUAUUGGGGCCAAUUGCCCCCAUCCAAAGCUCGUCGCAUGUCCGGCGACUAUGACCAGACUGAUCGCAGACAGUCCUUGGAUCAGACCGCUUCCCAGUCCCAGUCGCGAUCUAAUCGACUCUCUCUUCAAACCGAGUCCACACCCAGUCCUCUCAUCUCUCCCGUUACCUCCAGCUUCCCAGCCACCAGUCUUGCUCCUCGUCCCCCGUCUCUCCCCUACGGACAGAAUCGAUACCGCUCAGAGCUGCAGGAGCGACGCCAGAGACGCACCAGUCGGGCCCAGGACGACGACGACGACGACGACGACAACCUCUACGGAGCUGCGACCUCACCUCCGCCAGCAGCCCCCGAAGUCCCCAGAGCACCUCCUGUUAGCUACAAGGACCCUUAUAGGAUCGGUAGUCCGACUUACACGUACAGCGCGGACGGCCGCCCAGGGCCACCGAUUUCAGCUUACGGACACGGAUCUCCCCACGCGCGAAUAUUAGGCAUGGAAUCCGAGUCAUUCUACAAGGAUGCCACGCCACCGGCCGAGAAGCAGGCUAGAGCACCCGUGCUGGACCGGUCGCGGCAGGCCUUUGACGAAGACAAAGGAAGUAGUACACAAUGGGACAAUGACCCUGAAAGAAUUACCUUCACCCGUCUACCGGCAAACACAGACCCUAUCGACACGCCACCCGCAGACUCGUCUCUGCCGAAAAGAAGAGCGACGCUAAGCGCGCAGCCACAACACCCGACGUGGGCGGAUGAUCGAUCGCCGCUGCAGAGACUAGAGCUUACGCUCGACAGCAUCACGAAGGAGGAGAAACGAGCCCGUGUCGAGGCUGCCGAACGGCGGGCGAUAGAACGAACCACUCGAAAAGAUAGCGUCUCAAAUCGAGAUGGGCUUCUUCAACCUGCGCCAGAACGCUCGAUUCCUCAGCAGGCUCAGUAUAAAGACAAGCGUCCAGCUAGGGAUCGUGAAGGGGGCCAGCGGGCGGGUGUCGCCGAUCCAAUCCAGGCGCAGCCUUCGGCGGUUGAUGCAAUAGACGAAUCGUGGUCUCAGAAGCCUCGGAAGGAGACGAGGCAAUAUUCACCACCUGACCCAUCUCCGGAAUCGCAGAUUCCGGCUGCUAAGGGCCGGCAAGUUAUCUCGGUCGAAAAGUUCGACCUGCCUCAACGUAACUUGAGCUUUCGCGAGCGGGCUGCUAGGAACGAUGCCAACCUCCCGAGAGAUGCGGGCGGUAGCUCGCCGACGUCGCCAAAUACCGCCUUGGGCGGGGGCUUUUCUCUCACACGGAGUGGGAGUAAUAAACUGAAGAAGAAUCCACCCGCCGAUCCCCGGUACGGCGCGCGCAGGGACUCGGAAGAGAAAUCGGCGGCUUAUGGUAGACGCGGCCCACAGGCUGGAGGGGAGAACGGGCAAAUCAGCCAUGCCAAUACCGCAGCCGCUGUAACCGCCGCAACCGCCGACUCUCGGGUUGAGACGGCGAGGGGGAUGACUUCUGCUCUACAGUACGGAGAUCGACCUCCGGCUAAAGGUAAGCAGGUCGCUCAAGGAGGCAGCUUCGAGGACCCCUUCCUUCAACGGAAAGGGUAUGUCGCAGCAACCGCCCCUAGCCACGCCGAUUCGUCCAGUAACGGCCAGCCGUCACCGCCGUCGCAGCACGCCUAUCAGUCAUCGUUACGAAAUACGGAAGUUCCCAAAGCUGCCGCCGGAAAUCCUGUGAAGUCCGUCAAAUUCCCAGAUAGAAAAUACGAGGCACGAGCGUUUAGUGACGAGGGCCACGAGUCGGAUACGAGUGGCCAUAGCCAUGGCUUCUACAGAUAUCUACAUCGGGGCAAGCUUAGACCUGGCCGGGGUAUGUACCAGCCGCCUAAGUACCUGGACGAGUGGAAACAGGCUACGGUUGGGAAGCUGUCGGGCGCCCUGCUAGAUCUUAGCGACGAGCCCGCCGAGAGCGCCGACAAGGGCACGGCAUGGUGGGAAGGCCAGCGUAGGGGUACUGUCACGGCGAGGCCACAGGAGCCAGAGACCUCCAACGGAAUAUAUGAUGACACCCAGGGCCCGACUCGAUUCAAACCACCCUUGUAUCUCAAGUGCGGGCCGUUACUACGUUAUUGCGGGAUCCGGCAUGAAAAGCCAGCGGCGCAAGCAAAUCACGCUAACGCCACAACCACGGACCGACACAUGUGGAGAGGCAGCAUCAUGAUCGUUACCCGCGAUUCUGAGUCGUCGUACGAUGUCCCGCCGAUUCUUCGUCUCUUCGUCCAGCCAAUCGAACUCCUGCCACCACCCCCCGCAGAGCUACGCAGCGAACAGGCUCUCCUACCGGAAUAUGUGGAUCCGAUCCUCGGCAUACCAAAGCUCGGUCGACGGGGGGAGACACUCUUUGUCCGACCGGUAGAACACCUAGAGGAAGGCAAGGAUGUCUCGAUGCUCGAGCCUGAUGACGGCUUGUUUGAGAUCACAAGAUCUACGCCCGACUUCGACGGCGCACCCGACCCUCCCGGCUCUUUUGCUAAUCGCAAAAGGCGCACACUAGUCGAUGGAGAGAAACUCGGGAGGUACAAAGACGUGCGCGGGUUUCGUCUACACGCCGAACGGGGGCACACGUUCUGGAGAUUCAACAUCGAGAUUGAGCUCCGCGACGAGCAGCAAAGAAUUGCCUAUCGUAUCAACCACGGUCCGGCUACGGGCUUCUGGGUACCUGCUCGAAACCAGUCGAUGAACAUCAUGUCGUACAGCUGCAACGGAUUCAGCCUGAGCGUGAAUCCAGACGACCUAAGCGGACCCGAUCCCAUGUGGCGCGACGUCCUUAACAACCAUCAAACACGGCCGUUCCACGUCAUGAUCGGAGGCGGGGACCAGAUCUACAAUGAUGCUGUGAUGCAGGAGACCAAGCACUUCCGCAGCUGGCUGCAGAUUAAGAACCCACUACACAAGAACAACGCGCCGUUCACCGCGGCCAUGCAGGACGAGAUGGAGAAUUUCUACCUGAAUAGGUACAUGAUGUGGUUCUCGCAGGGCUUAUUCAGCCUAGCGAACUGCCAGAUCCCGAUGGUCAACAUGUACGACGACCACGACAUCAUAGACGGUUUCGGCUCCUACCCCGAUCACUUCAUGAAGUCGCCAGUAUUCUCCGGCCUGGGAAACGUGGCAUUCAAGUACUACAUGCUCUUCCAACACCAGAGCCUACCCGGAGAAACGGAAAAGACGGAACCGAGCUGGGCACUAGGUCUCAAGCCAGGACCCUAUAUCCGCGAGCUGAGCCACAGCUUGUUCAUGUCCCUGGGCGGGAACACUGCGCUGCUUGCUGUUGACUGCCGGACCGAGCGCACACGAGACGAGGUCGUCCGGGAGGAUACAUGGAAGAGGCUGAUGGAUCGCUGCUACGACGAGAUCGUCAAGGGCGAGACGCAACACCUGCUCGUACUUCUAGGGGUUCCUAUCGCGUAUCCUCGGCUUGUAUGGUUAGAAACCAUUCUGACCUCGCGGCUGAUGGAUCCGAUCAAGGCGCUCGGAAAGACGGGAAUGCUGGGAAAUUUCCUAAACCACUUCGACGGGGGCGUCGAAGUCCUUGACGACCUCGACGACCACUGGACGGCGAAGAACCACAAGGAUGAGCGGCGGUUCGUCAUCGAGGACCUGCAGGACCUCGCAGCGGACAAGUCAGUACGGGUCACGAUUCUCAGCGGGGAUGUACACCUAGCGGCGAUCGGGCAGUUCUAUUCGAACCCGAAACAGAAGCUCGCGAAGCACAAGGACUUCCGGUAUAUGCCCAACAUUAUCUCAUCCGCCAUCGCCAAUACACCGCCGCCGGACCUCAUGGCCGAUAUCCUGAAUAAGCGCAACAAGGUCCACCACUUCGACAAGGAGACCGACGAGGACAUGAUCCCCAUCUUCACCCACGACGUCGAUGGCAAGCCCCGUAACAACAAGCACCUCCUGCCGCACCGCAACUGGUGCUCCAUCCGCCCCUACCAGCCGGGCCAGACCCCCCCCUCAACCCCGCCGCCCGAGGCCUUCGAACCGGCCUCGGGGAUCACGCCGCCGGAAAGUCGCGGCGGCCUGUUCCGCAGGUUCUCUCUCUCUGGGAGCCGCCGUGGUCGCGGCCCGCCCCGCCCCGAAAUGACAGACCGCUCACGUCCGCCCGUCUCCGGCAGCGGCGGCGGGUUCCUACGCUCGCUCUCACGGCGGCGUGCCUCCGCGUCGGACGAUGGUCACUCGCGGCCAGGCAAGAUCCUGCGCACAUUGUCGCUCGGCCGUGUCGAUUCGACAGCGCGCCCGCGCACGACAGCCGUCGCCGCCUUCGGCGGCGGGAGCGGCAGGAUGAGUAUGGACCAACCGGACGACGGCGGCGUCAACGGCACCUGGGGGGGUUACAGCGACGAGGACAUAUACGACGCACCUGUGUACCCGCCUGUGUCUGCUCCCGCGCCCAUCGUCGGCCUCGCGGGUAACCAUCACAGCAGCGGCGGGCACGCGACGGCGGCAAUGGGGCUGCGCGGAGGCGGCGGAGCAGGGGCCCACCGUAACGACGAGUACGAGGCCGGCGACGACGCGUUCUUCACAGCGCGAGCACCCCAGCGUGCGCUCACGCAGCCGGCAGCUGUGUCGCUGUCGGGCCAGCGCACUAACAGCCACACCAACCACAAGAACAACGGCUACGACAAUUACGAUGACCUGGACGACGACGGCGACGAGCGCUACUACGAUUACCACUACUACCAGCACGCGACGCGGACGGGAUCGGAGCCGUACGUGCCACGGCGCGCGGCGACGGUAUCGGCGGCGAUGGCGGAACCGGCGCCGAAGCCGUUCCAUCGCACGCCGACGGGUCUCAGCGCGCGCAAGCUGCGCAAGGAUGGCCCGGCGCGAUAUGAGGUCGACCUCACAGGGGGCCUCGACGUAUGCCUCAACGUCGAGGUCAACGCGCGCGACCCGGCCGGGAUCACGGUGCCCUACCGCCUGCUCGUGCCGCGGCUGUGGUACGAGUACCAAGGCGAGGACGGCGCCGGGACUCCCGAGGAGCAGGAGCCGGAGCCCGAGGAGGAGGAGGAGCCCGCGUCAGGCGCGGGACGUCAGGCGAUGCCACCGGGGCCGAGAGGAGCGGCGACCCCGCCGCCCGCUCCCCACUACGGCGGCAACGUCGGCCCCGGCGGGAUGCACGACGACUACGACGGCGGAGAAGAGGGAGAGGAGAGGGGGCCCUACGACGACGACGGGGAGGGGAAAGGGGCAGAGGGGGGGGGAGGCAACAGGGUCGGCCGGGGCCUGAAGCGCUUGUUUAGCGGGAGCGGAGGGGGCAGCCACUAUAGGGCGCGUAGACAGUCGCCAUGACGAGGGCGGGAUGAAGUUUACGAGACGAGAAGCAAGAAGGAUCACGAGCGUGACGGGAACGACGUAAAUAGGGACGACACGAAGAAAUGGAACAGACGAAAAAUCGGGGAAAGAGGCCGGAGGAUCCGGUAAUGAUGUCGUGUGCGAACCCGGGAAC